UUGGACUUUAUUAUUCUAGCAUCACGGCAGCAGGUUCCUGCUAAGUUUGGAGUUACUUUCGCCACAACUGUAUGUCUGCUUGAAGUAGUUAAACCAGGCACUGAGGCACAAGGAGUCUGCAUGUCGGACUAGACAUGCUCAGCUUUGUGGAUACCCGGAUUCUGUUGCUGCUUGCAGUGACUUCAUACCUAGCAUCAUGUCAAUCGGCUUAUGCAAAGGGCCCUAGGGGAGACAAAGGGCCUAGAGGUGACAGGGGUCCUAAAGGACCAGAUGGCAGACCUGGCAAACCUGGAUUUCCCGGACUCCCUGGACCCCCUGGCCCCCCUGGUCUUGGUGGAAACUUUGCUGCUCAGUAUGAUGGCGCUAAAGGACCUGACCCUGGCCCUGGCCCUAUGGGCCUGAUGGGUGCCAGAGGCCCUGCUGGACCCCCUGGUGCACCUGGUCCCCAAGGUCUCCAAGGACAUGCUGGUGAACCUGGAGAACCUGGACAGGCUGGUGCAGUUGGUCCUCGUGGACCCCCUGGACCUCCUGGCAAAUCUGGUGAAGACGGAAACAAUGGCAGAUCAGGCAAGCCUGGAGACAGAGGACCUGCUGGAGCUCAGGGUGCUCGUGGUUUCCCUGGGACACCUGGACUUCCUGGCAUGAAGGGACAUAGAGGCUACAAUGGUCUUGACGGACGCAAAGGAGAGCCUGGUUCACUUGGCCCUAAGGGCGAGUCUGGUGCUCAUGGUGCUAAUGGAACCCCUGGACAAAGAGGUGCUCGUGGUCUGCCUGGUGAGAGAGGCCGUUCUGGUCCUGCUGGUCCAGUUGGUGCUCGUGGUGCUGAUGGUAACACUGGUUCUGCUGGCCCUGCUGGCCCUCUGGGAUCUGCUGGACCUCCAGGCUUCCCUGGUGCUCCUGGACCUAAAGGAGAGAUUGGACCUGCUGGUCCCACUGGCCCUAAUGGACCUCAAGGACAGAGAGGCGAGCCUGGACCCCACGGCGUUGUUGGCCCAGUUGGUCCUGCUGGUAACCCUGGUGCCAACGGUAUCAAUGGUGCUAAGGGAGCUGCUGGUGCCCCUGGAGUUGCUGGUGCUCCUGGUUUCCCUGGCCCAAGAGGAGGCCCUGGUCCCCAGGGACCUGCUGGACCAUCUGGCCCCAGAGGUCUUUCUGGUGACCCUGGACCUGUUGGAGUGAAGGGAGAUGCUGGUCCAAAGGGUGAACCUGGUAGCUCUGGUCCUCAAGGUCCCCCUGGUCCUGCUGGUGAGGAGGGUAAGAGAGGCCCCACUGGAGAGCAGGGAGCCACUGGUCCUUUUGGUAUGCGUGGAGCCAGAGGAGCGGCUGGAACUCGUGGUCUACCUGGUAUGGGUGGCAGAGCUGGCCCAUUGGGCAUGCCUGGGGAGAGAGGUGCUGCCGGUAACGCUGGACCUCGGGGACCCCCUGGUGAUGCUGGUCGUGCUGGUGAGCCCGGGCUGGUUGGAGCCAGAGGUCUCCCUGGCAGCCCUGGCAGCGCUGGACCCCCAGGAAAGGAGGGACCUGUUGGUCCUUCCGGACAAGAUGGACGCACUGGCCCCCCUGGCCCUACCGGCCCAAGAGGCCAACCUGGUAACAUUGGAUUUCCUGGACCUAAAGGACCCUCUGGUGAGCCCGGUAAACCUGGUGAGAAGGGACCUGCUGGGGCAACUGGACUGAGAGGUCCCUCUGGUCCUGAUGGAAACAAUGGCCCUGCUGGUCCCGUUGGACUUGCUGGUGGCCCUGGUGAGAAAGGAGAACAGGGACCCUCUGGUGCUCCUGGCUUCCAGGGUCUUCCUGGGCCUGCUGGACCUGUUGGUGAGACUGGCAAGCCUGGAGAAAGAGGUAUCCCUGGAGACCAAGGUGUGGCUGGACCUGCAGGUUCAAAGGGAGAGCGUGGUAACCCAGGACCUGCUGGUGCCUCGGGUGCCCAGGGAUCCAUUGGUGCUCGAGGACCUGCUGGUACUCCUGGCCCUGAUGGAAGCAAGGGUGAGCCUGGUGCUGUUGGACCUGCUGGUGCUCCAGGGCAUCAGGGGGCUGCUGGCAUGCCUGGCGAGCGUGGUGCUGCAGGUACUCCUGGACCUAAGGGUGAGAAGGGUGAGUCUGGAUACAGAGGCUUAGAAGGCAAUGCUGGAAGAGAUGGUGCCCGUGGUAUCCCUGGACCCAGUGGACCUCCUGGGCCUGCUGGUGCCAAUGGUGACAAGGGUGAGGCUGGUUCCUUCGGUCCUCCUGGCCCUGCUGGAGCUCGUGGUCCUCCUGGAGAGCGUGGUGAGUCUGGCCCUGCUGGACCUUCCGGUUUUGCUGGGCCCCCUGGUGCUGAUGGCCUGGCUGGAGCUAGAGGAGAGAAGGGUCCUGCUGGUGUCAAGGGUGAUGUUGGACCUCCUGGUGCUGCUGGUCCUGCCGGUAACACUGGACCUCUCGGUCCUGCUGGCCCCGCUGGCCCCCCUGGAGCUCGUGGUGACAACGGUCCCCCUGGUUUGACUGGUUUCCCUGGUGCUGCUGGAAGAGUUGGACCUGCUGGUCCUGCUGGUAUUGUUGGACCUCCUGGUCCCACUGGUGCUGCUGGAAAGGAUGGUCCUCGUGGUCUCCGUGGUGAUGUUGGACCUGCUGGACCUCAGGGAGAGAAUGGCCUGGUUGGACCCCCUGGUCUGGCUGGUGACAAGGGAUCCCCUGGAGAGUCUGGUGUCAUGGGACCACCUGGAGCUGCAGGACCUCAGGGACAGCUCGGAGCUCAGGGAUUCAAUGGUCUUCCUGGUUCCAGAGGUGAACGUGGUCUUCCUGGUUCUGCUGGUGGUGUUGGUGAGCCUGGCAGAAUUGGCCCUCCUGGUUCCGCUGGUCCCCGCGGUCCUGCUGGUAACAUUGGUAUGCCAGGUAUGACUGGUCCCCAAGGAGAGGCUGGACGUGAGGGGAACUCUGGUAAUGAUGGUCCUCCUGGCCGUCCUGGUGCUCCUGGUGUUAAGGGCGAUCGUGGUGAGCCUGGAUCUCCUGGCCCACUUGGUGUUGCCGGUACCGCAGGACCUCUUGGACCCAGUGGUCCUGCUGGCAGAGCUGGAAACCGUGGUGAGGCUGGAUCCUCUGGAUCCUCUGGACCAGUUGGCCCUGCAGGAGCAAGAGGUGCACCUGGCCCUGCUGGAGCCCGUGGUGAGAAAGGUGGGGCUGGAGACAAAGGAGACAGAGGCAUGAAAGGACUGCGUGGGCAUCCUGGUCUGCAGGGCAUGCCUGGACCCAAUGGCCCUGCUGGUGAUACUGGUCCUGCUGGUAUUGCUGGUCCUGCUGGUCCUAGAGGCCCAGCUGGUCCCAGUGGCCCACCUGGUAAAGAUGGUAGAUCUGGAACACAUGGUCCUAUGGGACCUGCAGGAUCACGUGGUCCCCCUGGACAUGCUGGACCUGCUGGACCACCUGGAUCUCCUGGUCUUCCUGGACCACCUGGUCCUGCUGGAGGUGGUUAUGAUAUAUCUGGUGGCUACGAUGAGUACAGAGCUGACCAGGCUUCCCUUAGGGCUAAGGACUAUGAGGUGGAUGCAACUAUCAAGUCCCUCAACACCCAGAUUGACAACCUGCUAUCACCUGAGGGCUCCAAGAAAAACCCUGCCCGCACCUGCCGUGACAUCAGGCUCAGCCACCCAGAAUGGACCAGCGGUUUCUACUGGAUCGAUCCUAACCAAGGUUGCACCAUGGAUGCCAUCAAGGCCUACUGCGACUUUACCACUGGUCAGACCUGCGUCUAUGCUCACCCAGAGAGCAUUCCUCAGAAGAACUGGUACAGAAGCUCCCAGGAGAAGAAGCAUGUCUGGUUUGGUGAAACCAUCAAUGGUGGCACUGAAUUUGGCUAUAAUGAUGAGACCCUGAGCCCACAGUCCAUGGCUACCCAGUUGGCCUUCAUGCGUCUGCUGGCCAACCAGGCUGUCCAAAACAUCACCUACCACUGCAAGAAUAGCAUUGCCUACAUGGACGCUGAGAACGGAAACCUGAAGAAGGCUGUUCUGCUGCAAGGCUCCAAUGAUGUGGAGCUCAGAGCAGAGGGCAACAGUCGCUUCACCUACAGCGUUCUGGAGGAUGGCUGCACUAAACACACUGGCCAGUGGAGCAAGACAGUCAUUGAAUACAGAACAAAUAAACCAUCUCGCCUGCCCAUCCUCGACCUUGCACCUUUGGACAUUGGUGGCGCUAAUCAAGAGUUUGGUUUGGACAUUGGCCCAGUCUGUUUCAAAUAAAUAGACUCAUGAUAAAUUAAUAAGAGAGAAAGAAAGAAAGAAAAAAAGAAAAAUAUCUGCCCUUCUUCUCUGUGUUGUUUUUAUACUGAUUGCUGAUUUCCUCUGCACAUCCACUUGCUUAAGCUGGGCUCUAUCGGAGAGGACCAAUGGACUGAAUGGAGCAUUUCACAAUGCAAAUUAAUACAGCUGCCCAAAGAGACGCUGGGAAACACCAUGGUUUGGGACAUGCCAUCAUUUUGUAAAAAAUGAAAGAAGUGUAAUAAAAACAAUGAAAGUAUGCAUCACUUUGUGGUCUUUGUAUAUCUUCCAAUGAGGAGGUUUAAAACCACAAUUUCCAAAAGGUUUAAACUACCUCAUGCCUGUAUAAAGAAAAUAAUAUUGCCAAACCUGAUCCACAUCCUAGAUGUAAGUCGCUGGUACCAAGGCUUCAGGUGUUCUUUCCUGUGUCAAAGGUGCUCAAACACUUGAAGCGGAGAUAUAUGGUGCUACACAUACAGCUGUGGAGGAAACCACUUUUACUGUAUUACUUUGUAUUGUUUUUGAGGAGUAAUGCACAGGUCCCCCUGAUAACCCCAUUUUUUAAGCAGGUGGAAAAUUCUAAACCUGAUGUUUGUCCAGUUUAUACUUUUUUGUUUGUUUUUGUUUAGAUUUUUGUCUUGUUUUAGUUUGGGUUUUUUUUUUUUUGUUUGUUUGUUUGUUUUGUUCAGGCAUUUUAUUCAACCACCCCCUCAGUAUUCAUACUGACAGCACAUUUCAUCCAUUUGAAUGGGUUUUGGAGGCCUCUCUCUCUCAAAAUGAACCACAAAGUUUAUUGUACCUAUUUUGUAUAUGUGAGAUGUUUUAAAUAAAUUGUGAAAAGUUCUGAAAUAAAGCAUGUCCAAUGUUCCAAAACACAA